CAUUGGUGGAUCUUCCCAGAAAUCAGCGCGCUCACACCUUCUCCGGUCAGAGCCGCGCCCCGCCGCGCUCUGGGGAAGCGCGGAUUGGCUGUCCGGUGGCGGCCGGGCAGAGCAGCGCGCAGCACGGACAGCACUGACUUGAAGGAGAGGAGCCAUGUAACUUCCACGGGAGAUGUCCCCUUAAACAGCCAGAGUGGACUCCUGUCAAAGUGCGCGCGCAGUGGGAAUGGCGCGUCCAUCCUCGCCCCCCCCCCCCCCCCGGGUGCCGCUGGGUGGCCGCUGGAGCCGUCGCCCCACCGAUGUUAAUUCGGUGGGGCCACACGUGGUCCGGGUCCAGGGUAAAAGAGGAGGAGAGAGCUGAGAGCAGCGAGAGGCUUCCAGAGCACCGCCAUGUCUCUGUACCGCAACUCCGCCUGGUUCCUGAAGGGAGUGACCGAGUUCACCAGGAAUGCCUACCUGUCAGCCUCCAAGAGGUUUGUGGAGAAGGACCUGGAGGUGUCCAUGGCUGGACGUGUCUUCAUGAUAACGGGAGCCAACAGUGGCAUCGGGAAAGCCACCGCCAUGGCCAUCGCCAAGAGAGGCGGAACGGUCCACAUGGUGUGCAGGAACAAAGACAAGGCCGAGGAGGCGAGGGCUGAUAUCGUCAAGGAGACAGGAAAUAAAGAGGUCUAUGUCCACAUCCUGGACCUGUCUGAGACCAAGAAGGUCUGGGAGUUUGCUGAGGCUUUCAAGAGAAAGUACAAGACUCUCAAUGUGCUGAUUAAUAACGCCGGCGCCAUAAUGAGUCAGAGGGAUGUGAAUGCUGAGGGGCUUGAGAAAAGCUUUGCUACCAACGUCCUUGGGGUUUACAUUCUCACUAAGAGUCUGAUUCCCUUGCUGGAGAAGAGUGCAGAUCCCAGAGUGAUCACAGUGUCAUCAGGGGGGAUGUUGGUGCAGAAGCUCCGGACAGGAAACCUGCAGUCUGAGAGGGGCCGCUAUGAUGGCACCAUGGUCUACGCCCAGCACAAAAGGCAGCAGGUGGUGAUGACAGAGCAGCUGGCCAAGACUCACACAAACAUCCACUUCUCCGUCAUGCACCCUGGCUGGGUUGACACUCCAGCGGUGGCUAAUGCCAUGCCCGACUUCCAUAGCUCAAUGAAGGAGAGUCUGAGGACUCCGGAGCAGGGGGCCGACACUGUGGUCUGGCUGGCUGUCUCUGAGGCCGCAAUCACAAACCCCAGCGGACGUUUCUACCAGGACCGGAAGAUGGUGUCCACCCACCUGCCGCUGGCCUGGACCCACAGCUCUGCCCUGGAGGAGCAGAAGUUAGUGUCUCUGCUGGAGGACUUGGCCAAGACGUUUCAGCCACACUGAGACAGCAGGGACUGGUCGCCGAUACGCCGCCAACACUAACACCUUCUGUUCGUACUGACCGAGGCUGGACUCAGUGUUUCAUCCCCAUGAUGAUGUAAUACACUCCAGCAGAGGGAGCAGAUCUGGGUCCUUAUUUUCUGUUUUGUUGUGUUUUGUUGUUUUUUUUUCUCCAAAGCAUUUGGAGUUUUAACACUACCUGUGGUCUUAAAAUGGAACGGUAUGAAGAGAUACUAUGACACCUAAAGCCUUACAAUGCUGCAUUAUACUCACCUAUAACUGGGGGAACGGAGCGAGGUCCAUAAUGCUCGAUAAUUAUUUAUAUGAUGACACCUUUUACCAUUUUGUGGGCUUUAAAAAGACUAAAAUAUAACUGUGUCGGAGUGUUUGAUAGUGAUGCUGCUUCCAAAGGAUGCUGUGUUGCUGAUGGAGAGAGCGCCUUCAUACAUCACACACAAACACACACACACACAUUCCAGUCUGUUACUUUGACUUUAUGAAAGUUGUCAAUCAGAUGGGAAUCUGAUAUGACCAAAGUCACACACCACACACACACUGCAUUAUUAAUUCACAACACCAGCCGUGGGUUCAAUCUCAUACUUGUUGUCUUGACGACUUACAAACGUGCCAAGUGAUGUGUGUUUAAUGUCGUGUCACGUCAACAUGUCAGUAACUUGUGUAUUGUAGUGCAGCUUGUGCUCAGGCUGGAGACGAGGCGCCCUCUCCAUCAGUCGAGUGCCUUAAGUUACACCACGCGGCAGCGUCGUGCGACAUGUGCGAUAAAACAUGUAUUUGAGACUCAGUAAUAUCUAACCAGCACUUUUAAAAAGUACCAUAUACUGUGACGUUGGCUUGAGUUUAUCUUGUAAAUGCUUGCUUAAAUAAAGAAAAUGGCUCCA